AUGGUCACUUACUUUUUCAUUGUCUCUAUACUCUGUCGGAAGAACAUCUGCUAUGGGAAGCACUUAUCCACAACUCUACCAGAUAACAACAGGCCGACAACACCUACUACAAAGCUGAAUAAACCUUUCGACAUCGAAAAUACAUCAAUCUAUCGUAUAGAGCGCUGUAUGCGAGACCUUUUUCAGGAUUCCUCUCAUGAGCAUGCUCUUGUAGGCCAAGUUACCUACGAUGUGAAGAAGCAAUUGUUUUUUAUCGAGUUCGAUGUGGCCGCAAAAAACGCUUUCGGCUCCAACCAGCUCAAUCCCAACUCGGGCAUGUUUAUUCCCACAGUCCGACACCACUACACCUCAUCUUCCCGAGCAGGAGUUCACAGCGAUGCCUUCCCGGGCCACUCACAUGUUGGAGCCACCUCAUUCGCCUCUUCAUCGGCUGCUUCUUCUGUCUAUUCAUUCUCUCCUUCUUCUGUCUCCCUUCUCCUCCAUCUGAACAGACGUUCAGUCGGUCAGCGUCCCUUCUGCUCACGGCCCUGCCCACUUUAUUCGAGUCUUGCCCAUGAAGAGGAGCUUGGCCUAGUUCCACCUCGCGGUCGUGAUGAGUUAUCGCGUAUGACGCCUGUCCUCUCAAGACGGAUUCCGCGGACCGAACCGCGAGCUGUGCCUCGGUUUCGACCACGGAACAUCGCAGGCCUUGGAAUGGCUGGCUUUCACCUGGAGACGCCUGUGGAAAGCAGUUGCAGGCUGAUUUACAGUCAAGCAGCAUACAAGCCGAGGAUCACGAACCCUGGCAUGCGCGAACUCUUUGUGUUCUUUCAACGCUUGCGCAGGAGCGUUGUUGCCAACGCCUCUGCAGUAGUUGCCUCCACCAUCUCUCCCUCAACUGCACAGAUUUUGCUUUUCAGUACCUGUACGAUCGAGUUUCUUGACGUAAACCCUUCUCAUCCAAUCCGUUAGCACCUUGACGCACCCUUCUUCCUCUUGGGACAUAUCGACCAACCGGAAGCUCGUUCCUUGUUGCUUGGAUUCCGGGACUGCAUCCUCUCAUUAUGGAGUACCGUUGUCCUCCCAUGGCGUCAUAAUUUCAGGUUUUUAGAACGGCUUGAGUCUUUCCUUGAUGUGACCUCUUCUCUAUGCGAUCGGUGUCAACUGCAAUGCUUCGAACUCUAA